AUGGAAGAAAAAGAAACAAUUACUGAUAAUAAUAAUUCAAAUGGUUUAUCCUUGAAAAAUCAGAAUAAGAAUAAUAAUAACAACACAAAUAAUAAUGAUAUAAAUCUAAAUAACAAUAAUGAUAAUAAUAAUUCCAAUAAUAACCAAUCUAUAAGAGAUCUACAGCAAAAUGGUUCAUCACAAUUAACUCCACAACAUCAUUUACAUAUACAUAAUAUACAACAAGAUUCAUCAAAUAAUAAUACACAUCAACAACAACAACAACAACCUCGUUUUGAUCAACAAAAUCAUUCUCAAGAUACUUAUAAUAACAAUUCAUCUCAAUCUCAAUCUCAAUCUCAAUCACAACCGCAACAUCCAUCAUAUGAAUCUCAAUGGUCUUCUACUAUGAUGAUGGAUCCAAAUACUGCAGAAUAUUUAUAUAAUAUUGAAUUACCAACUUAUAUACCAAAUGAAUAUAGACAAGAUAAUCAAAAUAAUAAUAAUAUUAUGCAUAAUAUUCAAUAUCAAAAUAAUGUACAUCAUAAUCAAGAUCCAACACAUCAACAACCACAACAACCGCAACAACUACUACAUCAACAACCAUUAUCACAGCAGCAAACACAUCCACAACCACAUCCACAACCACAUUCACAGCCUCCACAACCAAACUAUGAUGAAACUUCACAACCUCCUAUACCUGCAACCAAAUCAAAACAAAGACGUCCUUGUGAUCAAUGUAGACGUAGAAAAACAAAAUGUGUUAUUGUUCCAAAUACAAAUAAUUGUGUUCAAUGUGAAGCAAAACAAUUAUCUUGUACUUAUUCAACUCCUGCAAUAAAAAGAAAACCAACAGAUAUUGGACCAUUACCUAAUCAACCACAAGAUAAAAGAAAUAGAUUAAAUCCUUUAUCAAAUGAAAAUAUACAAGUUCCUGAUGUACCAAUAAGAGAAGUUGCUCCUAUACAAGAAUAUUCAUCAAUAAAUAAUUCAUUACUCAAAAAGACUUUAUCAUUACAAUUUCCAAGAUCAAGUUUUUAUGUUGGACCAACUUCAUAUUUAUAUGAUAUAAAUUUAUUAAACACAAUAAUAGAUUCUCAUAAUCAAAAACAAAUUUCAAAUCAAUCACCUACUUCUUCCACAACAACCACCACAACAAAUAAAAUAGAACAAGUUAGUCUAAGUAAUUCAAUUUCCCUUAGAAAAGUUAGUGAUAAAGUUCAAUUUGUAUUAAAAGAAGAUCAAUCACCACAAUCAUAUCAAACAAUGUCAAAUGAUGUUGAUACAAUUGAAAAAUUUAUAUCACCACAUGGUCAAAUAUUAAUUGAUUUAUAUUUUAGAAUUAUUCAUCCUUCUUACCCCAUAGUACAUAAAAAAGUAUUUUUAGAAAAAUAUUCAAGAACUCAUAGAGAAUUUAGUGCUCCAUUAUUAGCUGCAGUAUAUGUAUUAGCUAUACAAUGGUGGGAUUAUGAUCCUCAAUUAAAUAGAUUCCCCAAACCAAAUGUUGAAUUAAUUUUAAAAAUUGGUUUAAAUAAUUAUUUAUCUGAAAUUUUAAAAAGACCUAAACUUAGUGCUGUUCAAGCUGGUUUAUUAUUAUUACAAUGUAAACAUAUAAUAAGUUGUAAAACUUUUAAUGAUCAAAUACAAAAUAGUGGAGAUGCAGAUUAUUCAGAAUGGGUAUUAUGUUCACAAGUUGUUUCAUUAGCUGAAGAAUUGGGGUUAGGAUUAGAUUGUAAUAAUUGGAAAUUACCAAAAUGGGAAAGAGGUUUAAGAAAAAGAUUAGCAUGGGCUGUUUAUAUGGAAGAUAAAUGGUUAUCCCUAAAGGAUGCAAGACCUUCUCAUAUCCAUGAAAAUAAUUGGAUUGUUUUACCAUUAUAUGAAGAAGAUUUUCCUGAAAAACAUGGAGAUGGAGAUUUAAAAGAAGGUAGUUCAGAUAUUGAUAAUGGUAAAAAAAUUUUUAUGAAAUUAAUUGAAUUAAGUAAAAUUUUAAGUGAUAUUUUAAAUCAAUUUUAUUCAAUGAAAGCAAUGAAUGAAAUAAAUGAUAUAAAUGAUGUAUUAAAAUUAGCAAAACCUUUACAAUUAAAAUUAAGAAAUUGGUUUCAUUCAUUACCAAUAGAAUUACAAAUGACUUCUGUUCAACCAAGAAAAUUAUGUUCAAAUGGUUAUUUACAAUUAGCUUAUUUUGCAACAGAAUUAACAUUACAUAGAAAAAUAACAACUAUAAUAUAUCAACAAACAAAAAUUGGAAAUCCUCCAUCAAUUGAAUUAAUAAAUGUUUGUAGAUCAGCUGCAAAAACAAGAUUAUUAGCAUCAAUUGAAUUUGUAAGAGAUUUAAAACCAGAACAUAUUCACUCAUUUUGGCACAGUUCAAGUUCUUCAAAUUUUACAUUAAUUGGUACUUUCGCUGCUAUAUUAUUUAUGUCAUCACCAACAAAAGAAGAAUCUGAUUUUUAUAAAGAUCAAAUUUUUAAUUAUAGAUGGAUUUUAAAAAUUUCUUCAAAAGGAUUUGAUCAAGUUGCUGAAGCUUUAUCACAAUUAGACUUGGUGUUGGGAAAUAUUCCUGGAUUAUUAAAUGAUAAUAUUGAUAUGCCAAUGGUUUUACCAAAUGUACAAGAUCCACCACCACCAAAAUCUCCAUUUUCAGAACCACCAACUCCUAAUAACAUUGGAAAUAAUAAUAAUAAUAAUAGUAAUGGAAACAACAACAAUGGUUCUACAAAAAAGAGAAUCCCCAGUAAUUUAAGAGAUUCACCAUAUAAUUCACCACAAAGUUUUUAUACUCCAAUAAAUGAAAAAAAUUCUCCAUCUAUAUCACCAAAAGAUUAUAAAAAGCAAAGUAUACCAAAUGAAACAACAAAGAGUCCAAUUAAAUAA